AUGAUUUACCUGGUGAUAAAGUUUGGCAACCUUCCCAUUGUUGUGCUGGUAGUGGCAGAUCAGCAUCUUCACAUGCCCAUGUACUUCUUCCUGGGGAAUUUGUCUAAUAUGAAAAUCUGCUAUACCUCCACUAUCCUGCCCAGGCUGCUGGCCAGCUUCCUAACCAGGGACAGAACAAUUCCUGCUCAAGGCUGCAUGACACAGUUAUUUUUCUUAGGCUGUUUUGCAGGUACUGAGUGCCAUCUGCUGGCCACCAUGUCUUAUGAUCAAGACUUGGCCAUAUGUCAACCCCUGCUCUACACAAGCCUCACGAAUGGGAAAGUCUUUCUUCAGCUGGUGGAUGGCCCUUGGCUAGCAGGAUUACUUAUGUCUGCCAUAGUCACUGGACAGUUCUCCAGGUUACAGUUCUGUGGUCCCAAUAAAAUGAAUCACGUCUUCUGUGGUUUUGCCCCAUUGCUAGAGCUUGCCUGCAGUGACACCAGGGUGCUCAGGCUGGUUACCUUCCUAAUCUGUGUCCUGGAUGUAGUCUUCCUGUUUGUGUUCACAUUGGUAUCCUACAUCUGCAUCAUAGCUGCCAUCCUGAGGAUCCCAACCACCAUGGGGAGGCAGAAGGCCUUCUCCUACUGUUUUCCCACAUUCUCCCUCUGCUCAUCUCACCUCAUCAUGGUCAGUGUUUUCUAUGGCACCCCCAUCAUUGUCUACGUGGUACCCAGGACAGCCUCACUGAGACAGCUCAACAAAGUGCUCUCCUUUUUCUACACCAUCCUCAUGCCCAUGGUAAAUCCCCUCCUCUACAGCCUGUGA